CAGAUGAUAUAUAUUUUUAAAAAAUGAACCACUUUUUUUUAAUUUUUAUCAUUUCGCUUGAUUCAAUCUUGACUGUCACCUAUGACAAUCUAGCAGGAAAAUGGAAAUUAUAUGAUCCUCAAUAUAUUACUACCAUUAAUGCAAUAAUUCCUGGAAGUUUAUAUUCAAACAUUUGGACAAAUAAUAUCUUAGAUGAUCCAUUACAUGAUUUUAAUGAUAUGAAAUAUAGAAAUUAUUCCCAUAGGGAUUGGUAUUUUGCUAAAAUAAUCAAGGGUAACAAUGAUUAUAAAUAUGCUGCAUUAAAGGCCGAAGGCAUUGAUACUUUUGCAAAUUUUUAUAUAAAUGAUGUGUUCAUUGGAGAAUCUAAUAAUAUGUUCUUUACACAUUAUUUUGAUAUAAGCACCAAGAUACAAGAAUUUAUGGAUGGCAUGGUUGAAUUUAACUUAACUCUUCAUUUUAAUUCUUCAGUCAUACAAGGUAAAAAUCUAGCACUAAAUAAAUACAAUAAUACACCAAUUCCACCCCUAUGUCCUCCACCUAAUCAAAAUGGUGAAUGCCAUGUUAAUCUUCUUAGAAAAGAACAAUGUAGUUUUAGUUGGGAUUGGGGACCAGCUAUUCCUGAUAUUGGAAUAUGGAAAAAUAUCGGAAUUAUGUAUUACGACUCAGUAUUUAUGCAGGAUGUCUAUAUUUACACAAAUUAUGCAAAUGAGGCAUGGGAGAUAAUGGUGUAUAUAAGAUUUUUUAUGGCUCCUGAUUUAACCACUCCAAAUAAUGUUAAAGUUCAAAUAAGUAUGCCUAAUUUGACGGAUGUCAACCAAAAUUACAGCUGCAAUGUUCCCGAAUGCGUUCUAAAGUUUCUAUUGAACCGGGAACAAAUAUCACUUUGGUGGCCAAAUGGGCAUGGCUCUCAGCCCUUGUAUCCCGUGAUUGUCACUUAUUUCCCCGACGAUAAACCUUUUCAAAUCCAAAUUAAAGACAUAGGUUUUCGUAAUCUUAAAUUGGUUCAAAAGGCGGUUAAUAACAAGGAUGCAUCCCAGGGUAAGACUUUUUACUUUGAGGUAAAUGGCAGACCUAUAUAUUGUAAGGGUUCCAAUUGGAUUCCGGCAUCCUUGAUAAAAUCUGCAAUUACUAAGGAAUACAUUCACCAUUUGUUAACCUUGGUAAAAGAUGCUAACAUGAAUAUGUUGAGAAUAUGGGGUGGAGGCGUAUACGAAUCGGACUAUUUUUAUGAGCUAGCUGACCGAUUGGGUAUAAUGAUAUGGCAAGAUGCCAUGUUUGCCGUGGCCUUGUACCCAGCCGAUCCAGAAUUUUUGCUAAGCGUCAAGAACGAGAUUUCUUUUCAGGCUGGUAGAUUGCAACAUCACCCAUGUGUGGUAGUUUGGAGCGCUAACAACGAAAAUGAACAAGCUUUGACUAGUGGCUGGUUCCCCCUUUAUAAUAGACCAAUGUCCGCCUUAAUCGAGGAUUAUAAAAAUUUGUAUUACAAAACUGUGUACGAAACAUGCAAAUCCAUAAUGGAUUUCGGGCAUGAUACCGAAAAUCAAUUUCCACAAGUGUUAUCUUCUCCUUCCAAUGGUGACUUGGAGACAUCCUCCAUCAAUAAUAGCGUGUCAUCAAACCCCGGAGACUUACGCUUUGGAGAUAUUCAUCAUUACAGUUAUACUGGUGAUUUAUGGAAUUGGAAUGUGUAUCCUAAAGCUAGAUUUGUCUCAGAAUACGGGUAUCAGGCUUGGCCUUCUUAUUCAUCUUUAUUAGCAGUAACGAAAAAUCCAUCAAAAGAUUUAACUUUUGGAAGUGAUUUUGCCAACUAUAGGCAACAUCACUCUUUUGGAAAUUUCCAGAUGCUUGACCAAAUUUUGAUACACUUUAGGAAUCCCAAUUAUACGAUUAAAGACAACAGAGUCAUCGAUGAUAGCAAAUCUUCGGAUUAUUUUGAUAAAUUUACGUAUCUCUCCCAAAUCAAUCAAGCUACGGCUAUUAAAACACAAACUGAAUUUUACAGGAGGAAUAGAGAUUUAGACGAAACAGGGUUAGGUCUUAAUAUGGGAGCAUUGUAUUGGCAAUUAAAUGAUGUUUGGGUAGCGCCUACUUGGUCAUCAAUAGAAUAUGGAGGAAAAAGCAAAAUAUUACAUCAUUUCGCAAAAUCAUUUUUUUCGCACAUUCUGCUUACCAUUCAUUUUGAAAACGUGACUCAAAAGGAGAUGAUUAGUCAGAAUUUUGACUCCAACCAAAAUAUUGACGAAAUUAAGAUAGUUUACACAGUCAUAUGUGACGACGAACCCCCUAAAGAUAAAUAUAAUCUUUAUGUAACGCUUAGGAACGUUCAAAAUUUGACAAUAGCCUAUCAAAAGAAUAUAUCAUUAUCUGGAGUGAAAUUUGGGAGCCAGGUCGUUUUAAAUCAAAACUUGGGUGAUUUUCGUGAUUAUUUAAAUCUCAGCCAGUUUUACUUUCACGCAUAUAUUUACAAUCCAGGAAAACCAGGAAUACUCAGUCAACAAAGAUUGUUUUUAAAUUAUCCUAAAACUUGGAAAUUAAAUGAUCCAAAAAUAUCGAUCGUCAAAGUUAGCAAAGUCAAAAAUAAAUUUACUAUACAUAUAUCGACUCAAAAUCCGGCAUUUUAUGUGUGGCUUGAAAUCGUUAAAAGCCCUCAAUGCAACCAAAUAUUUAACCGCGAUAAAACAUCGUAUAAAAAUAUAUUAAAAAUAGGUGGAAAAUUCUCGGACAAUGGAUUUAUCAUGGACACUCCCGAAUUAAUUAUAUAUUAUACUCUAUUGAACGAGCAUAAUUCUGAAUACGCUAACGAUGAUUCAAAUUUGUCGAACUCUAAUCGUUGUAUAUCCGUUAGAACGUUAUAUCAUAUUUAUCAGUGAAUUUUAUAAGAUAUAUAAAUAUGUAUUUAAAAUAAUUAUUUAUUAUAGAUACAAAUAAAAAUAUGUUUAAAAAAUAUUUAUACAAUAUAUUCUUAUGGUUUUACCGUUUUUUUUAAAUAAAUUUUUUUUUAAGGACUUGUAUUUUACCCUAAAA